AUGUCUGGGCUAGAGGCGUUGAAGCAGGCGCAGCUUAUGGAGGUGCUGAAGAAGGAGGUGAGGGCCAUGCUGAUCGCUGCCAAAGCGGGCCUGACGCCAGAGCAGCUGGAGGAGCAGUACAUGGCCAUGGUCUGCAAACCUCUCCCUCUGCGCGACCUGGGCUUCCAGUCCACCCUGGAGCUGGUGACACAAAUGCCUGAAGUUGUCCAAAUCUGUUCUUCUAAGAAUGGUGCUUUAAUCCUCAAAGCCAUUGCAGAUGACUCCACCAAAGGGAUUGCCAAGCUGGUUGCCAACCAGAAAGUAAAGACACGCAAGGCAUCAAAGAAAACUGCUACGAAGGCCAAUUCUGCUUUUACCACUAAGAACUUAAGGAGUCUGCAGAGUUUUCAGCCUCUGAGUGCUGGGACUCCUGUCCUGCCAGCAGUGGUGAAGGCUGAGCUGCAGGACCUGCUGAGCUCCUCACCACUUCUGCUGGCAGACUUGGACAAGGCCUUCCUCAGACGCUUUGGCCGGGUGUUCCAGUACAGGCAGUAUGGGUUUUUGUCCGUGUUUGAAGUCCUCAGGAGCAUGUCUGAUUCCAUUGCUGUUGAGCAAACAAAGGCAGGUUCCUUGCUGGUCCUGAGGAAGUACUUGGCAGGCAAGAUAGAACAGCAAGAGGUGCCUCAGAGUGAGGCUGAGGAAGAAGAGAUGCCUCAAACAUGUGCAGCUGAGAUGCCUUCUUUGGAACCCACCUGUGAGACAAAGAGCUGCUACCAGGCAGCAACUCUAAUGGAUUCAGAGCCAGUGCAAACACAAGCAGUAGAUUUGGGUGAUCACCUCAAGCAGCAUCAAGGUUUUGAGCAGUUUCCACGGAUUCCAGAAAUCCCUCCAGAUGCUGUUCAGGACAGAAGCCUUUGCAGUUUGCCACCUCUGAAGAGGAGGUGCUUGGUGGGAGUCAUUGUGGAAUUCAUCGUCUCUCCUAGCCAGUUCUACAUCCACGUCUGCAGCACAGAAGCAUCCUAUAAACUGCAGGAUCUGAUGUUUGAGAUGAGACAUGUUUACUCACAUAAAGUUGCUUCUGAUAAAUACAUCAUGCCUGAGUCUGCAGUGAGGCCUGGGCAGCUCUGCUGUGUCAUGGUCUCCAAGUGGUGGUACCGUGUGAUCAUCCACCGUGUGAUCAAUGCCCAGGAGGUAGAGGUGUUCUAUGCAGACUAUGGACACCUCCAAAUUGUCCAGAAGUCUUGGCUGAGAUUCCUCAAGUGGCACUACUUGAAGCUGCCUGCUCAGGCCAUCCCAUGUUCCUUGGCAUGGGUAAAACCUGUGGAGGGUACGUGGUCCAGUGCAGCAAUUCUCCUGUUCAAGCAUCUCUGUCGCUUCAAGGAGCUUGUGGGAAUUGUGGAUGAAUACGUGGAUGGUGUUCUGUACCUCUUCCUGUGUGACACAUCCACCAAGGAGGAUGUCUACUUCCACUCUGUCCUGAGGGAUAUGGGAUAUGCUGAUGUCUGUGGGGAGAACAUCCCUUCCCAGGAAUUUGAGGAACUGAAUCCUUCAGCUUUGUAUGUUCAGCCCAGUGGAAAGCAGGGGAAUGCUGAAGUGGUGGAGCCAGACCUUCGCUUGCAGCAGGAAUCUCGAGAUGCAGACAGGGAAACAGCAACAUUGAAGCUGAAUGGGGCUGAGCUGUGACCAGAUGAAGAAACAUGAAGACCAACAUCUUGCCAGGAGUCUCAUGGUUGGCCUCUGCCAUGCUCUGGGCUCUGUGACCAAGGGCCACCUCAGGAACUGUGUGUCCCUCCUGCCCUGCUCUCUGCAGUGUUGGCAGCUGCAUGAUUGGCCACUUCCCAUGCCUACUUCAGUGGCUGCCCAACCUGAAAAGGAAGGUGUCGCAGGAGGGGACAAGCUGGAGCUGCUGCCAAGGAAGGCUGUCUGGAGCAGCACAGGCUCUCUGUAUGACCCUGCUGUCAGGGUUUUUUUGUUCAGAAACGUUUAAUCCCUUGAAAAAACCUGGAGUGGGAUAUCUCAGGUACGCCCAGCACGUGUGAUAAAUGUUAGUUUUACUUUCAGGAGAGUAGUUUGGUUUUGUUGUACCAGUGGUGUACUGAGUUACUGCUCUUUAAUAUAAUGGUUCAGGAGAACAUCCAAGUGUCACAUUGUGUUAUGUGUCCUUUAAGUUUAAGAGAGGGAAAUUGGCUGCCCAUCCCUCCUUCCUUCAGUGCAUGAGCUGUUUUGACAUUGUGUGGGGAUGUGAUUUUGGUUUUUAAUACAGUGGCUGCUCUGCUUUACUCCUUGCUGUGAGGAGAGCUGAAGAAACCUCCUUCCCCAAGAAGAAGAUGCUGUGAUUUGCUGGAUGUCGUGUGU